CGGGAGGCAGGAUGGUGGCGGCCCGAGCCCCCCGUGCCACCGGCAGGGCCGAGCCGCGGGCGAGAAGCGGAGGAUCCCGGCGCUGCCUCAGCUGGCUCCCGCCGGAGCGCUCCCUGCGCUGGGGCAUCUUCUCUCUAACUCUCUUCUUUUCCUUCCUCCAAUUUUGCCCCUUCACCUUCUUCUCCUUUCUCUCCUCUCCUCUACCCUUCCUCUCCCUAAGUUUCGAGGACUCCACCCUGUCCACAGCCACUACCCUUGAGUAUAUCCCCACCUCAGCAGGCGAUCCCAAAUUCCAGAGGCCCCGCACGCUCGUGCGCCAGCAAAGUCUGCAGCAGCCCCUGAGCCAGCACCAGCGCGCCAACCACAGCCAGCCCACCACCAGCCAGAGCCUGGGCCACCUCCAGGCCCACAGCGGCUCCUCCGCCGCCGCCGCCAACUCCCGGGGCUCCCGCGGCGGCCCGGCGCGCCAGGGCGCCGCCGCCGGCUCCAAGCAACGGAUGGCCGGGGGCAGGAGCCGCUCCAAUCCCGGCAGCUGGGACCACGUGGUGGGGCAAAUCCGCAACCGCGGCUUGGACAUGAAGUCCUUCCUGGAAGGCCGGAUGGUGGUGCUAUCCCUGGUUUUGGGACUCUCAGAGCAAGAUGACUUUGCCAAUAUUCCCGACCUGCAACCCGCUGGGACGCAGCCGAACCAGGCGAACGCUCAGGGGGACAAGAGGUUGCCGGCCGGUGGGAAGGCUGGGAAUGCGGCACCGGCACCGGGGCAGCCGCCGCACGAUGAGUCCGACCGCAAGACGGAGCCGCACUCCUCCGUCUCCGACCUGGUCAACUCCCUGACCAGCGAGAUGCUCAUGCUCUCCCCGGGCUCCGAGGAUGACGAGGGCCACGAAGGCAUCAGCCGGGAGAACCUGGGCCGUAUCCAGUUCAGCGUCGGCUACAACUUCCAGGAGUCCACCCUGACCGUGAAGAUCAUGAAGGCGCAGGAGCUGCCGGCCAAGGACUUCAGCGGCACCAGCGACCCCUUCGUCAAGAUCUACCUGCUUCCCGACAAGAAGCACAAGCUGGAGACCAAGGUCAAGAGGAAGAACCUCAACCCACACUGGAAUGAGACCUUCCUCUUUGAAGGGUUCCCCUAUGAGAAGGUGGUGCAGCGGGUGCUGUACCUCCAGGUCCUGGACUACGACCGCUUCAGCCGCAAUGAUCCCAUUGGAGAGGUGUCCAUCCCGCUCAACAAGGUGGACCUGACUCAGAUGCAGACCUUCUGGAAGGACCUGAAGCCCUGCAGUGAUGGCAGUGGAAGCCGCGGGGAGCUGCUGCUGUCACUGUGCUACAAUCCCUCAGCCAAUUCCAUCGUGGUGAACAUCAUCAAGGCACGGAACCUCAAAGCCAUGGACAUCGGGGGCACCUCAGAUCCCUACGUGAAGGUGUGGCUGAUGUACAAGGACAAGCGGGUGGAGAAGAAGAAGACGGUGGUGAUGAAGAGGUGCCUGAACCCUGUCUUCAAUGAGUCCUUCGCUUUCGACAUCCCCACGGAGCGGCUGCGUGAGACCACCAUCGUCAUCACCGUCAUGGACAAGGACAGGCUGAGCCGCAAUGAUGUCAUUGGCAAGAUUUACCUCUCCUGGAAGAGCGGUCCCGGCGAGGUGAAGCACUGGAAGGACAUGAUCGCCCGCCCGCGGCAGGCGGUGGCACAGUGGCACCAGCUGAAGGCCUGAGCGCCCCCAGACCGCGGGUUCGGGGUCCCCCUUCCCAGCUCCUAGCCCCUUCCCGUGGCGCGCCCGGCCAGGGACCAGAGGGACAGCGGCCUGACUCGCGGGAACCCUGCGGGAGGACGGGCACGGAGUCCCCCCGAGCCCCCGGGUUCGCCUCUCCCUGGGGUGCGGGGGGUGCGGAGCCACCCCCAAUCCCGGUCGAGGAGGUGCCAGAAGCGAUGUCCCCCCCCAUCCCUAUUCCCACCACGGGGCAGGACUUCUGCGAGUGCUUCCAGCCCCGCUCCGGGAGCCCCUCUGCCCCUCCCUGGC